AUGGGCAAUAACGUCUCUCAAGCGCCAUAUACCAGUCGAAGCUCAGAGUCUGGGUCUUUGUCUUCCGCAUUGAGCACACCUCGAUCAUGGAGUAUCUCGCCGCCGACAUCUCCCAACUAUUCCGAAGGGUCGGAAAUCAUUGGUGAAAAUGACGCCGCAGAGACUCGAUGUACCUCUGACACUGCAAUCCAUGCUUCGCUAGAUCGAGAGAGCCUGGAGAAGGCAGAGCAACAGGGCUGUUCGCGAGACUUCGGCACCCCCUGGUCAGCAGUACCCCAGCUUAACAAAUGCGCAUCCAGUAGAACACAGGACAUUCUUCAGGACAUCCGAACGAGGCGGAUCACAUUUCUGUUCUCGCACAUGGACAUCAUACGCCCUCUCCUUGGCAGCGCAAAGCCGUUUGAAAAGCUGACCAACAGAAACAUUUCCGCACCUGCUAAGAUACUCGAAUAUGAAAGUCUUAGUGCUCAGCCCAGAGGUCUCAGAGCAAAGUUAAAGCCGUACCAGCUUGAGGGCCUGUCUUUCUUGGUAUACCUGUGCCGCAACGGCGUCGGUGGUAUUCUUGCGGACGAGAUGGGUUUAGGCAAGACGCUUCAGACCUUGAGCCUCUUUCAACAUUUGAAAGAACGCGAUGGUGCAUUUUCAAAUAGAAAUGUGCCCUUUCUCGUCGUGUGUCCCCUAAGUAUCCUAGAAACGUGGUUAACAGAGAUCGAGAAGUGGACCCCCGACCUUCGAGCUGUGAAAUACCAUGGGACAUUCGAGCAACGAGACGCCGUGAAGAGGAUGAUAAGUGCCCAGAAAAAGCCCAGUAUUUUCAAAGGUUCAACCCACAUUGUGGACAUUGUGCUUACAACCUACGAGACACUGAUUUCAGAAAUCAAUUGGUUCUCCCGGGUCUUCGUUUGGCGAGGCGUCGUCCUCGACGAGGGCCACAGGAUUAAAAACAGUCGUUCGAAGAGAGCGUUGGUCCUUAACCGCAUCAAAGCAGAAAUGAAGCUCGUGCUCUCCGGUACCCCAAUACAAAAUGACUUCAGUGAACUGUGGUCGAUUUUCCAUUGGCUUUACCCUGAGGUCUUUGUGCCAGCCACUGAGAAGCUCUUCCAGGAGGCUUUCUCCCUUACCGACGGAAAAUUCGACCCUGCAUUUCUCGAAUCUGUCAAAGAUUUCCUAAGGCUGAUCAUGAUCCGAAGAACCAAGGAUUCGCCCGGAGUUGGAUUGGAUAUCCCGCCAAAAACGGAAACCGUCCUUUCGGUGCCUUUAUCGCCUGCACAGCGUUUAUUGUAUUUGAGAAUUCUUACAGGUGCAGAAAUCUGGCAGUUGCCCUUAGAUGCAUCUACCUCGCACAUUCAAUCAGAUGGCUCCUUGUCUGAACAACCAGCGGUCGAAAAAACAUGUUCUAAGGCAGUCAAUUCAAUGUCCGAGUGUUCUGCAAAGACGCCUGGGCCUGGAAAGUACCGUAUCACUGGCAAUAUUCUCAUGGAGCUGAGAAAAAAGCUCGUCAAACAUUACGUGGCGACCGAGACGAAAGUCAUUGUGUUCUCGAACUUUGACCAGGCUCUCAACCUAUGCGAGGACCUGGUCAUGAUGCUGCAAGGCAGCAACCGAGCCUUCGAAUACGCACGGCUCGAUGGAAGAACCACUGGGCCAUGGCGCAAGGUCAUGGUGCACCUUUUCCAGAACGAUCCGAGAUACAAGGUUUUCCUGGUUUCGAUUAGAGCGGGCGGGGAAGGAUUGAAUUUGACGAGCUCCUCUGUGAUCGUGUUCUUGGAUGAGGAUUGGAACCCUCAAGUGAUGCGACAGGCCGAAGCACGAGUGCAUCGAAUUGGACAAACCCGGCCGGUCGUAAUUUAUAAACUCCGUUCCACAGGCACAGUCGAAGAGCAGAUGAGCCGUCGGCUAGUCAAGAAAGCCUAUAUCGCAGAUAGAGUGACCGAUAACCUACACACUCAUUGCCCCGGAAAUAAUUACCUUGACAUGCUCGGUACUGAACAGGUGAGCAUGUCUCAGAACUCGACGGAUACAUAUAGCUUGCCUUCGCCCGUCUUCGUGGAUCAGGCUUUCUUGUCUCAGAAACCAAUUGAUACAGACGAAAUGGCACAGUGGGACAUGAACGCUAUUCUGGACAAGUGUGCAAGUACCCAAAGAGGCGGAGGGCUCUCCGGAAAUCUUAGCGUUGAACAAGAACAACUCUGGCUUGAGAAGGCCGACAGAGUCAGGACAAACCUGUUCAAUGGGGUGACAAUUGAUACAAGCGGACGCCAUCAUACGGUAUAUGCUGGAGAAGAAAGCACCAAUCUGCUCCGCUCUAAUCGUCGCAUUGGUAAGGAGAGGACGGUCAUGAUUGACGGCUAUGCAGUGAGCAAGGAAAGCCUGAGUCGCUCGGUCGAGGAGCCGGCGUCCACUACUGAGGAGUGUGCCUCACCCAGGAACACUUUUACCCAUCAAUUAACGUGCUUCCUAUGCCAUCAGUCCAAUGCGGAUGACUGUGACAUAUGCCCUCGUGCUUUUCACACUGCUUGCCUUGAGAGCGUGAUCGAAGAAGAACAUCCGAGUUCGGGAACUUCAAUUUGCCCUCAUCAUUAUUGCUGGAAAUGCCACAAGAAUGCAUCUGAAGCUGGACGCCUCCUGUUUUGCUGCAGGCGAUGCGUGAGGGCAUUUUGCGACGAAUGCUUCUACUGGGACACCACCACCUUUGUCGGACCCAACCCCGCGUAUGAGGCACUAGGGUACUUUUCCCAAAAUGCCUUCUACAUCGACUGUCUUAUUUGCAGGUGCGACGAAAAACGCAAGUAUGCAUCAGAAACCGAAGGCUACUUGGGAAAGCGAAGGAAGGUGAUAGGAGGGGAGAGUUGA